CUGCAGCGCUCCAACAUGGCUCCGCGUCUGUGCAGCAUCUCUGCGGCGGCGCGGCGGCUGCUGGGGGGCCCGGGGCCGGGCCCCCGGGACGUUGCGACGGUGGCUGCGGCGCGCUUCUAUUCCAAGGACAAUGAAGGCAGCUGGUUCCGGUCCCUCUUUGUACACAAGGUGGACCCCCGGAAGGACGCCCACUCCACGCUGCUGUCCAAGAAGGAGACCAGCAACCUCUACAAGAUCCAGUUUCACAAUGUGAAGCCCGAGUGUCUGGACGCCUACAACAGCCUGACGGAGGCCGUGCUGCCCAAGCUGCACCUGGAUGAGGACUACCCCUGCUCGCUCGUGGGCAACUGGAACACGUGGUACGGGGAGCAGGACCAGGCAGUACACCUGUGGCGAUUCUCGGGGGGCUACCCAGCCCUCAUGGACUGCAUGAACAAGCUCAAGAACAACAAGGAGUACCUGGAGUUCCGAAAGGAGCGGAGCCAGAUGCUGCUGUCCAGGAGAAACCAGCUGCUCCUCGAGUUCAGCUUCUGGAACGAGCCACAGCCCAGAGCCGGCCCCAACAUCUACGAGCUGAGGACGUACAAGCUCAAGCCAGGAACCAUGAUCGAGUGGGGGAACAACUGGGCCCGGGCCAUCAAGUACCGGCAGGAGAACCAGGAGGCGGUGGGCGGCUUCUUCUCGCAGAUAGGAGAGCUGUACGUCGUGCACCACCUCUGGGCCUAUAAGGACCUGCAGUCUCGGGAGGAGACCAGAAACGCUGCCUGGAGGAAGAGGGGCUGGGACGAAAAUGUCUACUAUACAGUCCCCCUGGUGCGACACAUGGAGUCUCGGAUCAUGAUCCCUUUGAAGAUCUCACCUCUCCAGUGAUGCUGCUGCUGCCUCCAUCUCCUCCCCCUUCUCCCUCAGGGGAGCCAUGGACAGAGGAGCUCCCAUCUCUGCUGUCUUGGUUUUCUCUCCUAACCUAUGGACUCUAGGGGGGCUAGUGCUCAGGUCAGACAAGGGGGAGCUGAAGGAUGAUGGGGUUAUGAAGACUUGCAGCCCUGCCCAGACCCUUCCCACCGUCCCUGCCCACCCCUUCCCCUGUGCAGGAAGCAGUUUUUAAUUUCUCUGAACGGAACAGCAACCUUUUAUGUCUUCUCACAUUUCCUCCUCAGUUCAGUUCAGUCACUCAGUCGUGUCUGACUCUUUGUGACCCCAUGAACCGCAGCACGCCAGGCCUCCCUGUCCAUCACUGACUCCCGGAGUUUACCCAAACUCAAGUCCAUUGAGUCGGUGAUGCCAUCCAACCAUCUCAUCCUCUGUUGUCCCCUUCUCCUCCUGCCCUCAGUCUUUCCCAGCAUCAGGGUCUUUUCAAAUGAGUCAGCCCUUCGUAUUAGGUGGCCAAAGUAUUAGAGUUUCAGCUUUAGCAUCAGUCCUUCCAAUGAACACCCAGGAUUGAUCUCCUUUAGGAUGGACUGGUUGGAUCUCCUUGCAGUCCAUGAGACUCUCAAGAGCCUUCUAUAACACCACAGUUUAAAAGCAUCAAUUCUUCGGCGCUCAGCUUUCUUUAUAGUCCAACUCUCACAUCCAUACAUGACCACUGGAAAAACCAUAGCCUUGACUAGAUGGACCUUUGUUGACAAAGUGAUGUCUCUGCUUUUUAAUAUGCUGUCUAGGUUCCUCAUAAGAUUCCCCAUCUCAAGGCCACCAGUUCAUAAUCAUCACCCUGGAACUCCUCAGUUUAGCUUAAGUUGCACAAAAGGUAGCGUGUCCAGUGGUUAAAGGUGGUCUGGGAGGAGGUUAGGCCAGGCCAGGCUCUCAGGAAUUCCCUGGUCUCCACUGUGCCACCCAUUUGCGAGACAGUCUGAGCCAAGACCCUCCUGCUGGAGAAAAGUCUAGAACCGCCUCAAGAAGCAAAAGGGAAAGCCCUCAAAUCAGCUAAGUCGGCAGGAUGUCCACAUAUUCCACCCAGAAAGGCUGAGAAAAGGAAUGGGAACUGAGAAGGGUCUGCGGGAGGGAAACAGAAUGGAACAGGAACCCAGAAGGUAGAACUUAGAACUCAAAACUUGGAUCUGAAGUGAAGAAUUUGCAAUACAGAAUUGGGAAGAUAGAACUGAGGUGACAUAAGACCACUUGGGGAGGGGCUUCUAAUACAAGACUGCUGAAGAGAGGUGCACCUCCUUCUUCCCACAUAAAGAGGUUGAGAUCUUGAAUGAGUUGUUCAGCCCUUCUGUGUAGGAAGAGUCUCCUGCUCUCCCAACUGCUCUCCUACUGGCAGAGCUACGGGCUAGGUCUUGUAUUUCCCUCACCCCAAAUUCCUUUUCUCCCUCUUCACAGCCUAUCAGCCCUACUGUCGUUCUCCUGGGCCAUCGGGUGUGUGGAGUGGGGUCAGUGACUUUGGAGGCCUUCUCAGUGAUCCCCACACCUCACAGACCUCUGGGUAGCUCGAUUGUGCCUCCCUUUCAGGAAAACUUGUGCUGGAGUUGCUGAUGGAACCAAUUAAAUAUUUACUAUAAA